AUGGACACGAAACGCGCAAGUGUCGUAUCGGCGUCGCGCCGCCACAAGAGUGUGGGCGAUGAGCCUGUGACCUCGGUGCUUCCGAACGGCGAUGUACCGUACGAUCCGGACAACCCCGACCUCGGUGCGGACGAUGAGGUCCUGGCUGCGCUUGGAUACAAGCCGGAAUUCAGGCGCGAAUUCAACCUCUUCACGACAUUCUGUGUCAGCUUUGCCGUUUUGGGGUUGCUUCCCAGCUUCGCCAGCACGCUAUACUAUGGUAUGGGCUACGCCGGGACUGCUGGGAUGACAUGGGGCUGGCUGCUCGCCAUGAUUGGGAUUCAGAGCGUCGCGAUGUCAAUGGCAGAGCUGUGCUCGUCCAUGCCGACAAGUGGGGGUCUUUACUACGCAGCGGCCGUCCUUGCGCCUAAGGGAUGGGGACCGUUCGCCGCCUGGAUCACUGGAUGGUCCAACUGGUUGGUCCAGGUAACGGCUGCUCCAUCUGUCAAUUACGGUGCGGCUGCUAUGAUGCUGGCUUCUGGAUCUAUCAUGAAUCCGGAAUACGUUCCCACAAACUACCAGACCUUCCUGCUCACGAUACUCCUGAUGAUCGUCCACGGAGUCAUGGCAUCUUUGCCGACCAAGUGGUUGGCGCAGGUCAAUGCGGCUGGCUCAACGUUCAACAUGGUUGCGCUUGUAGUCGUCAUUAUCCUCAUUCCUGCGGCGACGGACAGAGAGUCACGAGGAUUGCCUAAAUUUGCCCCUUCUGGUGAAGUGUGGGGUACUAUAUACGAGGGCACGACAUUCCCAGCAGGCAUCUCGGUGCUGAUGUCAUUUCUUGGAGUUAUUUGGACAAUGUCCGGAUAUGACAGCGCGUUCCACUUGGCGGAGGAGUGCAGUAAUGCCAACCUUGCGUCACCGAGAGCCAUUGUCUUGACUUCCAGCGUUGGCGGGAUCACAGGCUGGUUUCUGCAGAUGGUCGUUGCUUAUACCGUUGUGAACAUCGACGAAGUACUGGAGUCUGAAUUGGGCCAGCCUUUUGCGGCAUACCUUAUCCAGUGCGUACCGCAGCGGAUCGCCAUCACCAUCCUUGCGCUCACCAUCAUCGCCGGCUUCUUCAUGGGUCAAGGAUGCAUGAUCGCAGCCUCGCGAGUCACGUUCGCUUACGCACGAGAUGACUGCUUUGGUCCGCUGUCGAACCUUUUGAAGACAGUCAACACGGUUACACGGACGCCAGUCAACGCCGUGUGGUUCAAUGCUUUCAUCGGCAUGCUGCUUCUACUACUGAUCUUCGCCGGCGAACUCGCCAUCGGAGCCCUCUUCUCUGUCGGCGCCAUUGCUGCAUUCGUUGCCUUUACAAUCCCUAUCUUCAUCCGCGUCUGUUUCGUUCGAGACCGGUUCCGGCCCGGCCCAUGGAAUCUGGGCAAGCUCAGCAUCCCGAUUGGCAUUGUCGCUUCUGCUUUUGUGGCGCUUAUGGUUCCGAUCAUGUGUUUCCCGUGGACUACAGUACCAGAGGGGUUAACGGUUGAGGAUAUGAACUGGACGGCCCUUGUAUAUGGUGGUCCGAUGCUAUUCAUCCUCAUCUGGUGGUUCGUCUCAGCGCGGAAGUGGUUUAAGGGACCAAAGGUUAAUGUGGCACACAUGAUGCUGGGAGACGACAUAGUGGAGGGAGAGAUGAUCAGAGAUAGCGACGCAGGCAGCGCUACUACUCCUCCGUUGACGAAGGGCAUGGAGAAUACCAAAGGCCUGUAG